AGUACUGUACUUGUAACAGCUCUCUGCUCUUGUUUCAUCUUUAUUUUUCAGAAUCCUAUGAUGGUUGGACGUACCACUACCAGAGCAAUGUUAGCUCAAUUUCAUUUUAAGGAUCACAACCUAUAAACCCACUACCCUCAAGACAAGCAUCAUCUACUACUCCUCAAGAUAUUGACUUGAUAGAGGUCAUUGACUCUGAAGAUGAGGAGCUAGAACAAGUUAUGGAUGCAAGCUUCAAACCUGUAAUCUCCAGUACUAGAACAUCCAGCAAUGCAGACAUUAAAUCUCUGCUUGAGGCAUUUCAAAAGAAAAUAAAUAAGUUUGAUAAACAGGAAAUAAUUGUCUACUGGAAGAGAGUCCUUGAGUCUGCCUUUAGGGCUCUUAAACGUCCCCAUUUUGACGUUAAGUGCAAACUUUACGUUAAGUUCAGUGGGGAAAUUGGAAUGGACCAUGGAGGUCCAAGGAGGGAAUUUUUCAGACUUGCAAUUCAUGAAUUAUCAGAGAAGUCGGGCCUGUUUGAGGGUGCUGAUGACCAGAAAGUGUUCAGACACAACCUUGAGGCUUUGCAGGAUGGAUGCUACCGCCUGUCUGGAAAAUUGGUUGGAAUGAGCCUGGCACAGGAUGGACCAGCGAUGGGUUUUCUCAACAGAGAUGUUUUUAGGAUGAUGACAGGUCUAGAACCUGAUCUCCAAGAAUUUGAUCUCCAACUGAUUCCAGAAACUGAUAUCAGGAAUAUUCUUCAACAACAUGGGGACUGGAUGCUGGACCAGGGAGUUAAUAACUGUUGGCAUCUGAAGAUUGCAGAUAUUCCAAAAAGCAUCCAUGCCUUGGUAAAGCAAACAAUUUUCUACAGAACAGCUUCUGAAAUUCAACAGUUUGCUAGAGGGAUGGAUGACGUGUGUGGGUUGACAACAGAGAUGAAGAGGGACCCUUACAAAUGGGAAGACCUCUUCUGCAAGGUUGGAGAGGCGCUAACCAAGGAAAAAUUCCUUGAGGAGUGCGAGGAUAAGUGGAGUGUUGAAGGCAGCAACAGAAGGGGGAGGGAGGAGGUACAAAAUAUGCGUUUGAACUGUUCCUUCAGGACAUUGAGGAAAGUGCUGUUCCUGUGAGGUUUGGAGACCUUCUGAUUUUCAUAAAAGGAGCUGAAAAGAUCCCUCCAGCUGGGUUUGGGAGUUCCAUUGAAAUACAAUUUUAUGAUCAAGAGGAAGGAUCUGUCAGGAUGCCAUUUUCCUCUACAUCUGCUUUGACUUUAAGCUUACCUCGUGGUACUGAUCCAGACACUUCGCGAGAUCUGUUGAUCAGGGCUUUGAAGGAGUGCAUGGGAUUUGGAAAGUGCUAAAAGUCAUAGCUGAUCAUGAUUGUGCCUUUAACCUGAUAGUGAUACUAUAAUAUUGUAGAAAGCUUCCACUGUAGAACGCAUGUAUGUUGACACAUACUUAAUUCUGAAUAUGUUGUCUCUCUGAGAAUACUACUAGGAUUGUCCUGCUCAGUGUUUCAAAAAUCACUCAGUAACUGACUAUGUAUUGUGAAUUAACAAUUUUCUACUGUGUUAACUUGUUCUUGUGACUGCAGGAGAGGCCUACUUUGAACUUUACUUAAUUCUGAAUGUGCAUACACAUAUCUUGAACUUAUAUCUUUUAAUUAUCAUUAUUAUUUUACCAAACAACACAAGUUGGGUAUUCCGAAAAGUCACAGAUGCAUUUAUCUACACACUGAACUUUGGCACAUGUAAAUAUAUAUAUAUGGUGUUAUUAAAAAUUUAGCAAACUUUGUUUUUAAAGCUAAUGAAAGAAGAACUAAUUUGUUGUUUAAUGGCUGAGGUGAAUAGGUUAGGAUGAAGUGGAUGUUUCUGGAUCCUCAGACACUGGCAAAUGUUGUUUGGAAAUUUAUAAGAUCUGAAACAAAUGAAUACCAGAAUUUGUUAGAUAGUCGUAUUAUUUGUUUUCUGUGUUGCCUGACGUGGCAUGGCAGAUGCUUGGGGCUCACUUGGUCGUACGUCGUGGGUUGUUGUAGUGUACGUCGUGGGUUGUUGUAGUGUACGUCUGUCAUAAUUCCAUUUUUAAGUAGAGUUGGGGCACCUCUCUGCAUUCGAAAAUUUUGACAUUGACAGAACUUUAUAUGUGUUUUGUUAAUAUAAGGGGAACUCAGGUUUAUGAUUAAACAUUAUAAUGCAGUGCAGGUGGAUCUAGACAUCAAUGUCCUAUAAACUUAAAUGACAUGCGUCCCUGUACCUAGGUGGAUAUACCUAUAUUAUUUAGAUAUAUGUAAAUGCUAAAUUGGCUACAUCACAAUGUCCAUGAGCUGAAAAUGUACCAUUUGUAACUGUUACCAUUCAAUUAUGUAUGUUGGUUAUGCUGCACAAAGGCAUGUAUGCCUAUUGCUUAAUAAAGGUUAUGAUUAUGAUAUAUAAGUGGAAAGAUGUUGAGGGAUACAAGGCCUUUUGUAUUGUAUUAAAGUACAUGUCAAUAAACCAUAUUGUCUCAGUCCUUGAAAACAACUCUGUCAGAAAUAUAUGCCACUUGUUCACUCGAUGACCCCUUGGGCAAUAUUUGUGACUCACGAUAGAUUAUGUAACCAAUAUGUAUGACAAACAAACCUGGCAAUAUCCUGAUGUAACAUACACGAGGCUCAGAGAGAAGAAAAAUAUAAGUUAACAUUUGCUUGUCAUUACUGUGUAUUCCUUAGUUCUAAUUCUAAUCAAAUUUGCAAAAUAAGAAUGAUACAAAAGUCCUAGUGGGCCUGUAUGGCUUAAAUUCCUGGUUACAUUAAUUACAAAAUAAAUUACAUUAGUAUGCAUUAACUCAUUUGAUGAGAUUUCAGGGCUUGACAUUUGUGUGAAGUCCCAUCAAAAUCAAUGGAAAAUUGUAUUUUCUAGGGCUAGGAAUACAGCAUGGAAUUUAUAUACAUAGUAAUGGUCACUUUGAAUUUUCACCUAGUACUUUAUGUUGAUUAAAUGAAUGAAAGGACAAUUUGUUCAAGAGACUAUACCACUCGUUUAAUAUUCAAUGUGAUGAGUGUUAAAAUGUAUUCUGCCUUUGGUUUCCCUGACAUUAAACUAUUGCUUUCUUCCUCCUUUUUAUACGUGCGUCAAAACAUUUGACCAGACGUAUUAUUAUGGCAUCGGCCAGCAGCAUAUUUUGUCUGGAGAUCUCCUUGCUCAAUUUUUGACCUAUCUUUUAGAAACUUUUUUUUUAAAAUAAGAAUUUUGAUUUUCACAAUUUUUUAAAUGGUUAUUGCCCUUUGUUAAUUUUCGGCAUUGAAGUCUUGUCCGGAGAUCUCCCCCAGUUUUUGACUAAUAGAAUUUAUUAUGAUGAUAUUUAGUUUUAAUAUGCUUUCCAAUUAGGAUUUGUAUACGCCCGUCUUAUGACGGGACAUAUUAUGGUAUGGCGGUGUCCGUCCGUAAAUUUUUUUUGUCCGGAGAUCUCCUACAGUUUUCGACUGAUCUUUUUGAAACAUGGUAGACUUUAUUAUCAAGACAUGUAGGUGUGUUUUCCUGUUCGGCAUUUUGAUUCGACAAUUUUUGAAGGAGUUAUUGCCCCUUGUUGUUUUCGGUAUUUCAAUCUUGUCCAGAGAUCUACAGUUUUGGACAGAUCUUUUUGAAACUUGGUGGGCUUUAAUAUCAUGACAUUGUUAGUUAUUACACGACGUCAUCAAUAGAUAGAUAAUACACAAUAGUGAAGGGCGGGUGAGCCCUUCUUAGAUGUUCUAACUUUAUAGAUAUGCUGUGAUUAUUAAAAAUGUCUUUCUCUGAAAUUCAAACUUAUUGUUCACAUGUAGUUUUAUAUAUAUUGGUAUUUCCGUAGAGGAUUUUAUGAUAUUUAUGAAUGCAAUAAACAUGCAUAAUAUUAUAGUGUUUUUGUUAUAUAUUCGUAGAGUGUUUGUUUGAUUAAUUUAGUUCAUCCUGGCACCAUGUGCCGCUUGACAGCGACACAUUUGUUGGCUGUUUUUCUCUUCCGCCCUCACUUGAAGUGUCUGACGAUGAAGUGGUGUCACUUAUCAUCAGGUCUUCUUUGAGAGUGUCCAUUGUUUCCUCCAUGAUUGGUCUGAUUGUAGAUGCCGGUCCCGAAGUUGUUAUUCCGGUGGCCGGUCGUACUUUGAAUUUUACAUUGUCCAAUUGUUUUUUGGUUAAGGCUUCCGCCGGUUUGUGCCAUUUAUUGUGCACCGCGGCUUAGUCCUUAGUUGUUUCUUCCCUCACUUCUGGUUCGAUUUUAUAUAAGGGGUGUUCAUUCUGUUGGUGGCGUUUACAAUGUUCUCUCCUGCCGUAUGCCUGUUUGCAAAUUUUGCAAACAUAACUUGUCUGCUUUCCUCUGCCGUGUCCGAGAUUAACAGAGAAGACCUGAUGAUAAUAACUAACAAUGUAAAACUGCACCCCAUUUUUAGUACUUCAGGGGCUGAAAUAUCUUGAAAAAAUGUCCUGAUGAAGACUCGCACAUAGAGUCGAAACUAGUUGACCGUAAUAAAAACCCACGCAUUGGUAACGCUUGAGCGUGUUGUGAUUGAAACCUAC